UAGAAUGAAUAGAAUCUAGAUAAUAAUAAUAUACGCUCAUAAGCGUUAUUUUGAGAAAAAUUCAAACAAAAUGUAAUACAUUAACAUUAUAGAACAAUAUACAUAAAUGUAAUUGUUAUCAAUAUUAAAGAAAAAAAGUCAUGGGUGGAUCUAUCCCCUCAUCCCCCCUCCGUUUGACCACCACUGAUGCAAGUAAACAGUAUAUCUAUAUAGCUAAGCAAAUAUUUUUAGAAUUAUCAUUAUAAAUAUCAUUUACUAACCGGGAAAUCCACGUUCGCCUCUAGUUCCUGGUUCACCUGGCUUUCCUGCUGGUCCUUGUUGACCUAUAUAAAAAAUACAAAAAAAAAAUAAUCUAUAAUAAUAUUAUAUAAAGAGGUAAGAUUUGAUUGCUUGUUUGUAUUGAAUAGGCUCCGAAACUACUGAACCGAUUUAAAUGAAAUUUGGUACAUAGCUAGUUUAGACACUGAUACAGGACAUAGGCUACUUUGUAAUACUAAAAAAGCGUUGUAAGAGGUUGAAAUAGGGGAUGGUAAAUAUUAUAACACCGUACCCGCACGGCGUUGCCCUCAACGUCGGAGUCGGCGAUGACAUGGGAGUGGAAGUUUGGGCGGCCAGAUAUGGGCCGCUGCCGUACACACCGCCAAAACGCCGAUAACAGUCGUACCUAACCUGAGAUGACUUUUACCCAGGCAACACCGGGUAGGAUAGCUAUAUAUUUAUAUAUUUAAUGUCGUAAGCAUUUUGUAAUAGUUGUAUACUUAAUAUAUUCCUUUAUUUUGCAUUAUUGAAUAAUACCUAAUCUAUCUUGUAGAGCCUACAAUUGCCCUAUAUUUCCGCCCUUAUAUAAAACAAACGUACCUAAUAUAUUAUAUUUUAUAUAAUAAAAAUAUUAUCUGGCUGUCAUCACGCAUUACCCACAAAACUACUGGCCAUUAAUUAUUGACAUCGUACGUGUUGUUUAUAAGUAGCUAGGCAAAUAUUGUUGACAAAAAUAUAUAACCUAUUCCAUAAUAUUAUAUGUAUUAUCAUUCGACAUUACUACAUUUGCUUCAAAACAUAUCGUAUACUUUUCUAAACCUAGCUUUCGUAUAAAAAUCAGAUAUGCUCACGUUGGGUUUUUUUGCAUUGCCAUUCAUAAAGAAAAUAUGGAGUAUGAACAAUACCUCAUCCAGCGGCGAUGAAAAAUACAGUAAAAUAUCUGCAGACACAACAUUCCAAGGAGGCGAUGCCAAACCGCCGCAAAUAGAAGAAGAUCAGGUGGAUCGGAUGUCCACCGACCUAAUACUGCAAAACCCGGUGUGGGCAGCCAUAUAUCGUAGGGGUUGGGCAGAUAGGUCGGUGGACUUCCAGCGAUCACAGGAGCUGGGACAACAUGACCAACAUCUUGAUGUGCCUAAUAUGAACUCGGAUCCUACAUCGGAAUCUUCCGAACCAUCACCAGUGGUGAAAAUCCGGACGGAAGCGCAGCAGGCACGGGUACGGAAAAAUCUCCUGAAGCUAAAGGAGAAGAAAAAGGCCAAGCGGCAAUUGGCUAACGAGCAGAAAUGCUAGUUAGCCAUGCCGCUUGUGCCGAUUUUGGACCCGGACGCUUCAGGGGUUUUGGACCUACUGGUAACUAUGCCGGUACAAGCCAGAACCGAAAAAACGUAUGGACCAGUGGCCUUAGAGCCAGAUCCGACAACACUACAGUUCGAUUGGGUGGAAGAAGUUGAGAAAUUUUUACAAGAUCACCCAACUUGGAAUUCCCUAUAGUAGCUGUGUUCUAAAUUAAAUAUUGUAUAUUGUAAUUUUUGUAAUAAAUAGUGAAUUAUUAUUGUUAUGAAA